GACAGGUUCGGAGGGUGCACUAAAACAACAGAAGGAGCAGCAUAACCCGAAGAGAACCCCAUCUCGACUAUCUUCUGCCCAAUUGAACCGCCUUCAUCCAUCCUCUGCCACCCCGAUACACAAAAGAAGAUGCUCUCGACGCGUGUCCAGUGCGCCCUAGCGCUGCUUUCCCUAGCCUUGGCCAUCAGCAGUGUCUCUGCAGCUCCAUCCGAUGCCAAACUUCGCCAGCUUCUUCAACGGUCACUCAUGGCACCUGCAGGCAAACAGGAGCUUGCCAGGUAUACACUUGCAGAGCUGCUCUCAGAGCUUGCACUAGCAGAGAACGAGGCGAUUGAGUCAGAUGACCUGUCUCGUGGCGUGGAGCAGGAGGAUGUGCGUCUCGAGCUGGAGCGUGCAGCUGGCCCAGUACUGGCGCCGCGUGAACGCAAGGCUGGAUGCAAGAACUUCUUCUGGAAAACCUUUACAUCAUGUUAAUUAAUCUACAACCGGGCCUUUACUGCUUAUACUACAUCGCAUCUCUUUAGUUUCAAUAUAAAAAUGUUAUGUCAUUUUAUGCGCCAUGGCUUAACCCGCCAAUCCCAAAAAAUGUAAAUAAAAAUUAUUAUAACUUUAACAACAAUCAUGCUGAUGUCUUUAUCGAUCAUUUGGAUUUUUCCCGAAAUAACACAUGAAUGAAUGUUCUAGAGAUUGUAUGCAAUUCUGCUUUCGACUGUGCUUUAUGUAUUCUGGCAGAUAAACUAUUUUUAAUUGUUUGUUUGAAUAAAAUCUGUGUUUCAGAACCAA